GCACAGAGUCUACAGACCCAAAGAAAAGCUUUGUUUAGUUACAUAAUAGAUGCCGAAUGCUCAUACACUAACUAUAAGUUGCAACUCCCAUCCAUUCCCGAAGUAUACCUGGACCACAUAUCCAAGAUACCUGCAUGGCAGAUAGCAUUACGUAUGCUAUUGAAUCACCCUAUUCAUUCUUAUAAGUUAAAAGUGAUAAGCUAAACGUCAUGAUGGAAGCACUGAGCGAUGCGUUCGGGUUUUUAUCUGUGCCAGAAGCUAACGGACAUCACCAACCCGUAGUGCCGGUUUCCAUGAUACACUUAUUCUUAUCCAUGAUCCCACUUUUUUGCUAUUGUGGGGUUUCAUACGCACUUGAUUUGCACCUUAUUGGCGACAUUUGUAUCUCAUCUAUACGCACAUUCGUUCAGAUGAUCGCAGUGGGCUACGUUCUGGUGCCUAUAUUCGGAUGGGGUAAGACGCAUUUUAGUGUGGUGUUAUUGUAUCUGACCUUGAUGAUACUAUUGGCAGCAUAUGAGGCGUCCUCUCGGCCCAAGUUUUGGUUUGUGGGCCAGUUCUGGGCUAUUUUGGGGGCUAUGGUAGUUAAUGUCAGCGUCCUCGCAUCCUUUGCGUUUGGGAUUAUCAUACAACCACGCCCGGUCUACGAUCCACAGUAUGUGAUUCCUAUCUCUGGAAUGCUGUUGGGCAACUGCAUCACUAGCAUCUCUCUUGCACUCAAUUCGCUCAGUGCAAACCUGGUCGAAAAGGCACCCGAAAUAGAACUGUAUCUGAGCUUCGGUGCCACGAAGCACGAAGCAACCAUGCGUCUAUUGCGUGAUGCUAUACGGACAGGUAUCAUGCCCACACUCAACUCUAUGGCUGUGAUUGGGUUGAUAUCCAUUCCCGGUAUGAUGACUGGCCAAGUCCUGGGGGGAACACCACCGGAGGAGGCUGCCAAGUAUCAGAUUCUUAUCAUGUACCUGAUUGCAGCGUGCUGUUUCGGCACUGUGUUAACUGUGCUGUAUGUAUGCUUACGUGUGGGUUUUGACGCUAAUCAUGCACUGUCCAAGAACAUCUUUGGCAGGAAGGAUGACGGUCAAAAGGGGUGGUUGAGCAAGGCCUUCUUGUGUAUCACGGCGGCGUUGAGCUGUGCAUGCAGAGGUUCGAAGAGCAAGAAUGGCUAUGAAGAAAUUGCUACAAAGGAUGGUAGUAAAGACGGAGAAACGAAUGGCGCUCGCGGAUACAGUGAUGAGGAGAAGAGCCCGGAUCAGUUAAUUGCGGACUACAAGGCCAGACAAAACACAAUCUUCGUACGUUUGUUGAAUGGGAAUUCGCACGAACACGGAAGCACCUGCUUGGAGUUGAAGCAUAUUGCACGUAGUGUGCCUAUCACCACCACGAUAAAGGGAUUCCACCAAAGUCGUAGCGUAAGCGAUCAGCUCACGAGGCGUAUACUGUUUGACAAUAUGUGUGUUACGCUGAAACAUGGCGAGAUUGCAACCGUCAUGGGUCCCUCCGGCGCCGGCAAGUCUCAGUUAUUACAGCUGGUAGCAGGUUUGGUCCCGCACGAUGCCGGGCAGCUGACCUUGAACGGUAAGUGCAGGUCACACUUUGAGGACAUGCCUCACUGGAGACAGCAGGUGCGCUAUGUCACGCAGUACAAAAUCGGUAUACCUGGUACACCAAGAAUGUUUAUACGGGAGGUGGUGGGAUUUACAGUCAACGCUAGGUCUUCUAAGAUUCUUGAUCUAAAGAAUCAAGCACAAGAAUAUGUUUCUCCAGGAUACGAAGAAAUGGCGACUACAACUGCUGAGCUGCUGUUGGAGUGGGGUAUGGAACCUGAUAGUCUAGAUAAAGAAUGGACCCAGCUUUCUGGAGGUGAAGCUCAGCGUGUGAUUGUUGCCCUUUCUAUAGCGUCACGCCCACAAGUAUUGUUAUUGGACGAGAGCACGAGUGCCUUAGAUCACCACACCAAAGUCUUAGUAGAAAAGAGUGUUAGGAAGUACGUCAGUGAGCAGAAAAUGACUGCUCUGUGGAUAACGCACGAUAAAGACCAAGCAACGCGCAUGGGCUUGGAAUGAGCGAACCUGAGGAUGUGGAUAUACCGCCAAGAUAUUUAUCGAGAUUAUUUAGAAUCCCACCCCCUUAAGAGGUUUUUUGGAAGUAGAGGAGCGCUUUUGAAGAAAUGGAAAGCGCUAGAGAAUACUGUCAGCCGAACAUGUGAAGUCUUAUCACAUAUCGUAGGGAAACAAUCAACGCUCUCCGGAAUGGAGUGAUUAGUGGCAAAGUAAAGACCGUUCUGACUGUCGUAGUUUGCUGUCAGCUUCAGUAUGCAGGGACGGAAGACGCCCGCGUGAGAGUACGCUCAUGAAAGAAAUAGAUAGGCUCGCGCAUGUACAUGAAGUUCUACAUUACAAUCAUAAGUGCGAAGUUAUCUAGAAGACUCACCCGUCAUUUUGAAGGUCACGAAUAACCUCGAUAUAUAUAUUAAAACCUUUUGUGUGGUGAUAGUAGCAGAUUAAGCUUCCCACGAUGCAAUUAGUGAGGCUUUAGUCAUAUCUGUUUAGAUUGAACCGCUCGUCAUGAAACAGCAACGGUCUUCGAUUUUAUUCAAAUUGUAAAUGCAGACCAGAACAAAUUUGGAACACUGUAAAAGCCGAGAGUAUCUAACGGGUGUGGAUUGUCGUAUGCAACCUUUAUUAGAACGGAACUACUCAACCAGAGUACAGGAUAAAGUGGUGCCGAUGGGUAAAUGUUCAGCAUAUGUGUGUCGCCUUUGAAAGUGGCUUGUUUCUAAUUGCGAUACAGUGGAUUGACUUCGAAAUAACCUAUUAGCUCUCGACGCCACACCCAUCUCCGACAACAAAAUGUCUUCGUCGACCACUCGAUUGUCUCCAUUGUGACGACCUUCAAUGACAGACCGAAGAGACGGUAAAGUUUUCAGACUGAACCUCCUUUUCUUUUCUGGCACGGAAGUCAUUUGCGCUAAUGCAAAUAAGGAAUCCAAAGAUUCAGAUUCUGGUCGAAGGCACGUAUAUGACUUAACAGAAGCGGUGUUGUAAUUAUCAUACACGGGGGGCUGUUCGACUGAGAUUGCAAAUGUGAAGCAAUUCUGAAUCUCAACUGGGCUGUUGUAUUCAUUGAGGUCUCUUGGGAGAUUACCUUGUAGUGUAAAUGGCACCGAGAGAUGCACUUUUUUGCCGCCUCGUAUUUGGAUGGUAGUAUCUAAUGAGUAGCUAACUGAAAUUGAUUUCAAUGUUUCGGUACAUUCAGCAGUAGUGCUCGGUACUAACAAGGUGGAAUAGGUUCUUCCGUCACUAUCUUUCAUCUUCUGCACAGCAACUUGUUUGCCUUGUCCUUCCGGUGCGUGGGGAGUGCAACUGAACAUACGGAUACAUGUAGAUCCUGCUGUUGACCCAAUUUUCGACCAGUUCUUUUUGCCAGACAAGUGCCGUAAUUCCGAGUGAUCCAUCGUGGUCUGACAAAGUUCUUUGUAAUCACCUUCAACGCCGCUAUAAUAUAAUACGUGUUGAGUAAUGCAUGUUUUGACGCUUUUGACGACCGCGCCGUUCCUGUGCAUAGCUAAUCGCACAUCAAUCGGUUCACCAUCCCGAUACACAUCGCGGGAGAGACUAACCUCUGCACGAAAGGUCGGGUUACCUCUCUUUACCUCAACUUCCUGCUGAACUCUUGGACCUAUAGUCGUUUGCGCAUAGUACAAAGCCGACAUGGUGAAGCGAAGAAACGUCACCGGGGUCCAGUCAGAUUCUACAAGUCUUGCGUCCCACUUGAUGGAGUAGAGUGCGUGGUCGCUACUUAGUGCAACAUCAUCCGGCAAGCCAAAUGUGAAUGGAAUCUGCGUUUGUCCCUUCAUGAUGGGAUAAUCUCGCCCGAUUAUCUUUGUAUUGCUGUAUAGAGUCUGACUGGAAGUAUCCUCACCACCGCCAUUCCACCUGACGCGGCAAACAAUAGCUACGUGCAAUACACUUAGAGUCGUUGCCUCAGAAGUCCUUAUAUCAAUGUAGCCUGAUAGUUGAUCACCAGUGUAAUACAAAUCUUUUUCUAGAUGUAUCGAAUAUGACGCUUUGCUAUCCAGACUACAUUGCUGACAAUUCACAAGCCGACUUGUGUUUGUGUCGAUUGCACUUGUACCUGACAUUUUUGAAAGAAGCAAUUGAUGUUUAAUUGUGAAUACAAAG